AUGACCACCGUUAUGUCAACUCAUUAUCAUGUUAGCUUUCAAACACCACAGGUGCAAGAUCAUACCAAAUUAACUCUUCAUGAAGCUGUUUCUAAGAAAAUUGAUAGAACUCCAAAUGGUUCAAUAUUUACAAAAGAUUUGAAAAAUAUAUUUGCCCUAACAAUGAUUUGUUUAAAUUUACAAGAAAAACCAAAUUCUAAAUCAAAAGUUAAUUUCCUAAGUAAAUCAGCUCCUUUCACUUUUACAUUACAAGAAAUUAUUGACAAAAUGGCUGAUUUAUCUCUAAGUGUGGAAUCUUCAACAACUAGCAAAGUACUUAGUCAUAGUAUUAAAGGUGAUUUAGCCCUAUCAUUGGUUAAAAAAUUCAUGAAUGCUAAACUUAUACAUACUCCAGCUGAUAGAACAAGAUCUGAACCAAAGGCAAAAGUUUUACUUCAACCAACUCCAAAAGGUGUUGCAAUUAUUCAAUCGUAUUGUAAAUACCUAGGUUUUAAAAAUUCAAAUUAUCCAAAUGUUAUUAAAUCAACUCUUAAUUCAAUGGAUCUUUUCAUUUUCGAAAGAAGUGCUAUUACAGAUACUAUAGUUUUCUCAGAAUAUUUUAUUCAUUUAUUAUUUUUAAAAUUUUUAGGGAAUUAUCCAAAUGUUUGGAAAUCAACAAAUCCUCAUGAUACUAUUCCAUCAUCAGAUGAAAAAUUAGAUAAUGAUGAUGAUUUUGAUUUUUCAAAUUUUAACGUUAAUGAUGUUUUAAAUUUUAAUUUAAAAGAUAGUAAUUCCACUAUUGAACAACCAUCAAAACAAUCAUCAUCAUCAUCAAAAGUUCCAAAUUUAUUAAAUUCUGUCAACAACAAGAAACCAAAAAUUAGAGAAUCUCCAUUAGCACAUAAUUUUUUCACAAAUCCUGAAUCAGAUUCUCAUAUUCAAUAUUAUGUUUCAAAUAAAGGUGUUAGAUUAUAUAAAGAUUAUAAAUUUGGUGAAAAACAAAAUAUAAAUAUUGAAUAUUGUUUUAAUGCAAAAGCUGCAUGGCAAUGGCUUAUGGACUGUACAGAUAUUAUGUAUCCACAUGAAGCAACAAAUAUCCUCAAUCUUUUCUAUAAAUAUGGAUUAAUUGAACCAAUUAGUUUAUCACCAUCAACUUCAAUUUCAAUUUCCAAAAAUCCCAAAAAGAAAUUCUUACCUUUGAAAACUUCAUUUUUUACAUUAAGUAAAUUAGGUUGGGAAAUUUCAAAUUGGAAUAAAACUAAAAGAUCAUUAAUUGUUUCAAAUGAUGAAGAAAUUAUGAAACCUGCUUCAUCAAGUUUAAUUUUAAGUAAUCAAGCAUUAAAUAUUGAUGGAGGUAAUAAUAGUAGUGAUGAAUCAUUAGAAGAAGAACCUAAGAAACCAAUGAUUAAACCAACUACAGAACCAUUAACAUUGAAAAAAGUAUUAGCAGAUCCUGGUAUCAGAUAUUUAUUUAGAAAUCAUCUUGAAAAGGAAUUUUGUUCAGAAAAUUUAGAAGUUUAUUUAUCAAUUAAACAUUUUAAUAAAAAAAUGACAAUUUUAAAAAAUGUUAUUGAAAUGCAAAAACAAGAACAAUCAAAACAAAAAAUUGAAAAUUCUACUCAUGAUGAUUCAAUAAAAUUUAAACAUGCUGCUAAGAGUGCAGUUGUUAAAUUAAUUAAUGAAUGUUUAUCAACAGCUUAUGAUAUUUAUUCAUCAUAUAUUUCUAUUGGAGCACCAUAUCAAUUAAAUUUAAAUCAUGAUAUAAGAGAAAAAAUUGCAAGUAUGAUGAUUCAUCCAAAUUCUCCAUUAGCUUCAUCAUUCAACCAAUCAAUUGAUUCACCAAUAGAUGAUUCAAUGAAUUUACCAUCACAACCACAACCAGUUUAUAUCCCAGGAAAAUCACCAAUAAUUGAACAAACAUCAAACAUCUUGACAAAUUCAUCAGCUGCAAUGUUAAAUUCAAGUUUAAACCCAAUGAAGAAGACCAGAUUAUUAAAUAAUAAAAAUUUAUCAAUUGAUGUUAAAAAUACAACUACUUCAAGUGUUAAUAAAGGCCCAAAAACUCCAACACAAUCAGAAUUAUCAAGAUCUUUGGUAUUAUUACAUAAACUAUUUCCAUUGUUUGAAGCUGUUGGUGUACAUAUUUUAAAAUUAUUAGAAUUUGAUUCAUUCCCAAAAUUUUUAGCUUCUGAAACUUUUGCUCAAGCAAAUAUUUAA